AUGUGGAACCGCGGAUUUGGCCCGAACCUGAGGACAAAAUUUCCCCAGCUUUGGAUUGAGAAUUUCAUGUGUGGGCAGCAAACAAUUCAAAAAGAAAAAGCAGAAAGAAAAAUGAUCCUCACGAAACAAUACCGCUGUCUUCACUCCCCGAGCUGCAUGUGCACGAAAGGCCACCUAACAGAGGAGGUCAUAUUCCUAGUCUUCAACCACUUGAACUGGAAUCCCAAGGUAAUCGCUGCCCUCUCAUGCACGUGCAAGUGGUUCGAUGACCUGGCAAAGCGUGCCCUCUGGAAGGAAUUCUGCAAGACUCGGGCACCCAAAAUGACCCUCGACCUCCAGUCGAGCGGGUCCCACAGUGUGGAAGGCAACUGGCGUGCCCUCGGCAAGCUCCUCAUCUUCUGCUCUGGCUGCAAGAAAGACGGGCUCUUCAGCACAUCUCAAAUCCCGGGCCACUUUGUGUACCGAACCCGUUUUUCCCGAACUUCCGGAAAGAGUUUUUUGCUUCCUCAGUGCAGGUCGGAUAUUCUGUAUGUUUCGGACCCUUGUGAGCACCUGGACCAGGGAGAUGAAGGGGAUGUUGGGUUUUUCAGAGGGAUAUUUAAGUCAUUUGCGAAUUCGAAGGUGAGGAAGAUGCUGAUAAAGAGGUGUGCUCCACUGCACCCUACGGAGGUUUGCCCGUACUGCAAGGCGAAGCUGUGGAAUAUGUUGGAGGCGAAAAUGAUUCCCUCGAGCGCCAGCUGUCGGCUAGGGGCGUACGAGGACUGCAUCGAGUAUUAUGUUUGUUUGAACGGGCACAUGCUUGGGAUUUGUACGCUUUUGCCCCUGUCAGAUACGGAUGAGGGGUCGGAGGAGUGAGUGGUGACUUUUUGGGUUUGUUGGGAGAGAUACUGCAGUUACAGGCAGUAGAAAACUUUAGGGCACAGGUAUUUCGCAAAUUCGGGUGCAUGCGACAUUGAGGUUGCCUAAUGAACAUAAGCAGCAUUGGGGUGAAACUUGAUCUUGCCUUAAAGAUGGGAUUCCGUCUACUCCACUGUGUGGUGCCGACCAUGGAAUCUUAUCUCCAAUAUUAGCUAUUGCCAGCUGAGUGCUAUUGACGACUAUUGUUUACCAUGGAACAUCAUUCGUUUACGAUGUUGUUUUAAUCUAAUCAUUAAUCUUUCUUGUCAAUGUGAACUUUUUUUUUAAGAAAGAAAAUUUGUAAUAUGAGUAGCUCGACUCCUAUUACCUCGAGUCAACAUCUUCAUCAUGACUUCAGAAUUACGAGUAACUGUUUUUAUUCUAGUUCUAUAUUCUAUGUUUUUUAUUGUUCCAUGAUCUCUCGCGUUUUUUCUUUUGUUUAGUAGUUUAACUUUCAGAUGAGAAUAUU